AUGAACAGCGAGAAAAGAAGAGAAAAAGAUAAAGAGAGUGAAAGGAAGUUGACACCCUUGAUUCCACACCCUUUCGCGUUCCCCCUCCGACACUUUCUGUCCACGAAUAACGCCGAAUCUUCCGUCGAUUAUCGCGUCGAUCAUCAUCGUCGCGUGCAUCCGCAAAUAGAACUUCAGCCAAACGACGAACAACACACGAACAAGUUACAAGUGUUGUGCGGUACAAGAGUCGAAAGCAAUCUAGUUUGUUCAAUAGCACCUUUGAAUGAUAUCUAUUGCCGUUUUUUUUUGAACAACCAGUGCGUGCCUUGUUGUACGGGCAACGAAAAAGGGCCUCAAGCUGAGGAGUGUUGUCUCUGUGAUCCAGAAACUGGCGGCUGCAGAAACAGUUCGCCGGCUGGUAAAAGAAGAGUACCGGGAACAGAAUUCUCAGCCGACACUGCUAUCUCUGAAACAUAUUUUGAUAGCGACAGUAAACCAAGUAACAACGACUCGGCAUCACUCGCCGUAACAGCAGCUACGACUAUGGCAGUUGCUAUUUGUUUAGCAUCAAUCGCGUUGUUUGCAAUGAUAUUCGUCGCUCUUCAGGCCUGGUCCGGCAGAAGGGAGGCCAAUAUGGGAUAUACGCAGCUCGCCGUGAAAGUGGAACCGUCCGAAGAUCCGGACACCGACGACGCAACAGAGCUGAUGACCUAGACUACGUUAACUGCCACGUAGCUAUUGACCUCAUAUCGAAGAGUCGCAGAGAGAUUGACGAGUCUCGAUUGUGAUCAGUUCGCGAGUCAGAAGUUACGUGCUUUCACGUCAGCGAGGUCCAGAGAUAGCCUACAUAUGUGUAAUGAGGAAAAUGGGAAUACGGUGGUAAAUACGUAACGGAAAGGAAGAAGUGGAAGAAAAAAUAGGAGGAGGAGGAGCAAGCAAAGGAUGAUUUGUCGCAAACGUGAUAGUAGAACUCCGUAGAGUAUGAACAGCGAGAAAAGAAGAGAAAAAGAUAAAGAGAGUGAAAGGAAGUGUGAUUGUUGUUUAUCUAGCCGUGAUGCGGUCGCAUGAACGUGUGAAUGUAUGAGGAAUGUGUGUUUAGCUAGAGAUAUACUUUUUGCCCGUCAUCGUUGUCGAGUGCGUCGCCGAUGCCAUCGUCACACACAUCAAGACACUGACGGUGAUUCCGAACACGGAGAAAAAGGGUGAAGGACAUUAUGAAGUGCCUGAUUAGUGACACCCUUGAUUCCACACCCUUUCGCGUUCCCCCUCCGACACUUUCUGUCCACGAAUAACGCCGAAUCUUCCGUCGAUUAUCGCGUCGAUCAUCAUCGUCGCGUGCAUCCGCAAAUAGAACUUCAGCCAAACGACGAACAACACACGAACAAGUUACAAGUGUUGUGCGGUACAAGAGUCGAAAGCAAUCUAGUUUGUUCAAUAGCACCUUGAAUGAUAUUUAUUGCCGUUUUUUUUUUCUUCGCGCGACAUUUUUGGCACAAUCGACGAUCGUUGUCGAGUUAUUGAAAGAAUGAAGGCACAUCUCUUUUUUCGCCUCUCUUCGGAAAGGCUCUACCGACAUUCCGUUAAGGAGUGAAGGGAUGUAAAAGUGGCCUCCGUAUAUUAGGCUGAACCACGGACCACGUAAUCGUAAUCGUUAAUCGUGAGAAUUAUGAAUGGAUAUUGUUAUAUAUUUGUACAAAUGAUAAUAGUAACAAGUGAGCGAACAAAAGGGAGUAAUCACACAAGGAUCAGGAGGGGGAGGCGAAAGAAACGAUAGCGAGACGACGAAUCCCAUUUCGAAAUUGAGUCUCGACUAAUCGACGCAAUUCGCAUACUCGGAGGAACUAACAGACUGUUACUCUCGUUUGCUACUGCGAUCGCCUAAUUAUCCGACGCGUCUGUGACGUCAGUCGUCGCAUUCCAGUACCUCUCAAACUGACACAACACAUGCCGUCGACACAGCUAUUGCGUUUUGUAAACUGUUUGUUGUUAUUAUUUGAUUGUCUACAUCGAUGUUUUGUUUAAUAUUCCACUUUCUCCGCGUUGUUCUUACUAUUUUUUAGUUCUCGCUCAUAUCCGUUCUUUUCCCGUUUCGUUAGGAUCGCAUGAGAGGAGAAACAUUGUUUAAAAAAAGAAAAAAGAGGUAAAUGAAUGGAUAAGAAGGAAGAAGAGAGAAAACCAUACGCAACGAUCCGCAGUGAAUCGAUAUUAUCGAAAGCCAUCGCCCACGCCUACUCAUGUGAAUAUUGACUUUCUCCUCGUGAUUUGAUAUAAAGCUAUUAUUGUACUUUUAUGAUGAACGCGAUUAUAAAUAUAUACAUAUAUACAUACACACACG